CCGCUACUACCUAUUCAUUUCCUACGUGUGUUUAGACUGAUCCAAGCUUUCGUGGAAUCAAGAAACACUUCUUCGCUGAUAGCAAUUUCCAUCUCCUUUUCCUCCUCGUCUACACCUUUCCCAAAGCAGUAACAGGUGUUUCGCUCUCCCAGAUUUCGCUUUCAAAACUGUUAACUUCUCUCUGCGCGCAGCCCUGCUUCUCCUUUGGUUAAAAUCUUGAAGAGUUUUUUAUACUUUAGAUUGAGAAUGGCGAGGACGGGCAACAAGAACGUACAAGCCAAGCUGGUAUUUCUUGGGGACAUGGGAGCUGGAAAAACAAGUUUGGUGUUGAGAUUUGUAAAAGGCCAAUUUUCUGAGUACCAGGAAUCAACCAUUGGAGCGGCCUUCUUCACACAGGUCUUGUCACUAAAUGAGGCCACUAUUAAAUUUGAUAUUUGGGAUACAGCAGGACAGGAGAGAUAUCAUAGUUUGGCUCCUAUGUACUAUCGUGGUGCAGCAGCAGCUGUUGUGGUUUAUGACAUUACAAGCAUGGAUUCAUUUGUACGAGCCAAAAAGUGGGUUCAGGAAUUGCAAAGACAAGGACCGAAUCACCUGCAAUGGAAGUCUUUAACCUUCUUGAGAUGCACUGAUCCAGACAAUCCAUUUUGUGAGGCCCCUGUGGUACCCAGAUGGGAUGUAUGUAUGCCCAUAUCCAUGGGUGGUUUCCUGUACAAUAAAUUGCCUGGGAUUGCUUUCCUUUAGGAGUGAGAUUAUAUUUGUUACUUUAUACCUUCUAUAUUUUCUUCUAUUGUGGAACCAUAGUAGUCUCUAUUUUACAAUCUGUUCACUGCAUGUUUUGCUGUCUUCACAAUAUGCAGGGGCCAAUUUUGCUUCGGUGAUACCUUAAAAGAUAAAUUUUUGUUAUUAUAUAAUUUUUCAUUAUAGCCAAUGAAUUAUAGCUCAAAUGAAACCUCUUCAACUUACAAAAUGAGUGGAGGGUGGGGUCAUGGAAAAAGACUUGCCACUAUUGUUAUGACCCUUUGGGUUCAAUUUGACAGUAUUUAUCAGUUCUGAAAAAUUUCCAUCCCAAGGCUUUUAUAUGUUUGACCACCCCUUAAAUUGACCGAGUUAUAGAGGAUUUAAUGAAAACCAUAAACAGAAUUAAUGUAGAAAUCAAACUUAAGGUCAUCUAUUGGCUGGAUCCUUCAACUUGAUAUUAUGACCACUUAUGCACAUAAACUGAUUAUUCAAGUGAAUUUAGUUCAAUAGCUAACCUGCUUUCUUAUUUUACCA